AUGGAUAGAAAUAUUAAACCUGAUCGUGAUUCAAACCAUUUUAAGAUACGUUGUAAAGAGUUAGGUAAAUUAUCUUCUGAUAAGUUAAAAAAGCUAUAUAAAUAUCAUAAUAAAAAGUAUAUCAAUUUGGCCGGUAAAAGUUAUCCUCUAUUCAAAAUUCUUGAAGAUACAACUAGCAGUUUAUAUGAAUUUGUUGGAGACGUAGAUAAUACUGCUAUAGUGCUAAAUGAUAUAAAAGAAGGUAAAACUGAACAUCCACUAGCUAUUAAGCUACCGUGCAAGGUCUACUUAGAAAAUCCAAUUAUACAGAUGAUGCCAAUCUAUAAAUUACGAAAUAUAUUAGAAGAGAAAAAUUUUCCACUCCUUAUAUUUGAAGGCCUAGAAAAAUCUGAUACCUUGGAAAGUUUGCUUGAUGGCUGGUUUAAUAAGGCCGAGAACAGAACACAGUUUACUGCUAAAAUAGUUACACCCCUUGAUCCCGAUAUCAUCUACAUUUUGCUGACGAAAGAAUCCGACAUUGAUCGAAUACCAUUUACCCCUGAAGAGAAUAAAAUUAUGAUUUAUGUUGGUGAAUAUAACUCCUUAUCCGAAGAACAUAGGAAGCUGAAACAUGUCGUCGUUAAACCGAAAGAUCCUAAUACAGACCAACUUGAAAAUAUCUCAGUUGUAACUAAUUCAGAAAAUGUAAUAUUACCAACUCCAACGAUAUUCCCUAAAAUCAAUAAUUUCGUAAUUUUGUCUGCAAAUGCUGGUUAUGGAAAAACUGCCUUAUUCAUUAAUAGACUAAAUGAAUGGGCUGAAGAUGAAAAUUCGGAGUCGAUUAUAUCAUGGAAAUUAUAUAUACAUUUACCCAGCCAGAAAUUUGACAACUCUCUAGAUCUCGAGACAUCCAUUAAGCCAUUAGUCAGGGAUUUUAUAAAUAAAGACUGGCAAUUGAAGGCUCUAUUAAAUGAUAUGAAAAAAGAAGGUCGUGUUGAAUUUUUUCUUGAUGGAUUAGAUGAAAUUAAAGAUGAAAACAAAAUUAACAGCCUUAAUAAAUUACUUGCCUUGAUUCCAACUAGUACUACAGUUGUAAUUGCUACUAGACCGCACGCUGUUCAUAAAGUAAAUAAGCCUAGAAAUCGAAACCUAGGCCUCUACUUAACGCUCGGCAAGUACACAGAUCAACUACGCAAUGAAUAUAUUAAAAGGAUGUUUCCCAAAAUUUUAGAAAAAGCAAACAAGAAAUCAGAUGACAACACAUCGCAGACUGAAGAUAUACCUAAACAUAAAAUAACCGAAAUAACUAAUAAUUUAUGUGAAUCUAUUGAUCAGGAGCUCAGCGAAAAGGUACAACACCUAAUAGCCGUUUUAGCAUUUAAGCAAGCCUUUCAGUUACCUCCAAAAUUUGUACAUUUAGCUCUUGCUCGAAGUUAUUUCACUAACAAAAUGGUGCUUGAAUUAGGCGAUACCGGGCUUGUCACCGUAAGCGAUUAUCCAGAUGAAGACUCUGCAUAUGGGGAUCAUUUCCUGAGGCUCAAAUUUCACCACUCAACCUAUCAAGAAUAUUUAGCCGCUCUAUGCCUGCUAUACGGGCUUAUUUUAGAUGAUAAACUCAGAAGCGAGGUACAAAGCCAAAUUAUGGACAACCGGUAUAAUCCUGGUUAUACCCUGAUAAUGUCAUUAGCAUCUCAAUUAAGUGUAGGUGAAAUUGAACUUAUACCAGGUUAUGUUGCAGACAAGCAUGCAAUUUUAUUUUGGAAAGCGUUAUGUGAUGAGGCAGAUAUCUUAGGAGCAGCAGAAAGUAAGUUGCUUCAAAAUUGUUUGUGUGAAUUUUCAAAUAAGAUGAAAAAAACUUUAAAAAAGAUUGUAAAAGAUACAAGAUUCUCUACAAAGAUACUCAAAGAACUUGAUAAACAUGGAAAAUCCUCUCGAGCAUUGGAGGAAUUCAGUAUAACAGAUCAAAGUAGCAGCCCAUUGAUCUUUGACGAUUCAAAAUUUAAAAAUGAAAGAUUACAAAUUCAAGAUAGCGAUAAAAAAAAAUUGCUAAAAAAGGAGAUAGUGAUUAGUUCUACAAAAGAUUUACUGAAAUGCAAGGGACCUGAUUAUGUUGCAAAAAUAUUUGAAAUAAUUACUGAAGAAAUAAUUGAGGCAGACCGCGAAAAAGUAAAGUCUGCGAACUAUUGGGGAAUGGAUGGAGGCUUUGAAGCAAUGGCAUUGCUCGGCGACAGUUUUAAUUAUCGUCAUGCUAAGUAUUUUAUAGAAAGAAUAGAUAACUACCCGGAACAUCGCUGGAAUCCAGCUCUGAAAGCUAUCGAAUCACUGCUAAAAGACUGCACAAAGCCAAGUGUAAAAGCUGAAUGCUUCAAAGUGAUAGAGUAUUUAGCAAAGCAUGCGUUAGAUUAUGAUGAUCCAGGGCGUUUAAUCCCUCUAAUAAAAGCUGUACGUUCAGAAAUUUUUGAGUCUUUUUCUCAAUUAGAAGAUCAAAUUCGGAAGCUGCCUGAAUAUUCUAUACCUAAUGAAAUCCAUGGUAGGCCCUAUCAACAAUUUAUACUAAAAUUUACUUUUGCAUUGUGGAUAUCGAUAAAGAUGCCGUACGCGGUAAUCAAGUCAAAUGAUACUCACGAAAUUAUCAUUAAGGAAGAAAAAGUCAAAAAAAUAAAAAUAGAUCAGGAUAAAGUGCAUGUAUGGAAUCUUAUAGAAAAUGUCAUUAAUGAGUUAGCAGAAGAAUCCGACGAAGACAAGAAAGCAUUGCUGUUGAUUAAUACCAAAAGAUGGAAAUGUUUCAUUUAUGAACGCCUCGUUGAAACAGCGAUAAAGAAUAAAGACAAUUCCGUACUACAUGAUGAGACGUUCAUUGAUAUUGUGGUAAAAGACUAUCAUAUUGUAGCUAAUAUUUUGAAAAUUUAUCAUGAUAACGAGUUGAUUGAGGCUAAAGUAGCUGAAAGAUUAUUAGCAUUUAUCAACAUUAUAGAACGUAUUAAAAGUAUACAAUGGCCAAUUCAAGGCGGUAUUGAAGCAAUCGCUUAUACAGGAAAAUAUUUCAAUCAAAAAUUUGCAGAUUUCUUACUAACUAGAGCAUGCUGGUAUAAAGAUAAUAGACAAAAAGCGUUGGCUUCUCUCGAAGUUCUUGACGGAAUAUUACAAAAUUGUAACGACGACGACACCUACAGAGGUGCAGUAGAUGCUUAUAAAUGGUGCCUAAAGCAGGAAACAUUUAAAGCUUUCUAUUAA